AUGCAUCAACCCAUUACAUCACUUUUCUCUUCCCAAUCCACUGAAGGGGGAAAGUCAGUUCUCGAAGAUGAACAAGAUGAUGAUGAUGUCAUGGUAACCAAGCUUCGUGACAUUGCAAAAGAACGUCAUGUCAUUUUUGUUGAGAAAGUUACGAAGGUGGAGGCGUCUGUCAAUCUCAAAAUGGAAGAACUCACGUCUGAGAUGUCAAAGGCGGUGGUAAAGAUAGAACAAAACUAUUUGAGACUUCAUAGCAAGGUGGAUGUUUUAGUUGAUGCCAUAAAGAAGCCCGUGGAGUAUCAUACCUUGUUUUCUACCAAAGUUGAAGCCAAGACAGAAACAAAUUCGAAAGUCUUUGAAAAGCUGGAGGAAUUCUUGGGAAGUUUAACAGAAUCCUUGUCAAAGUUGGUUCUGUCUCAACAAUCUACAAUCUCUCAGGAUUCGAUUUUGAAGAUGAUUUCUUCUCUUGAAUCGAAUCUUAAAGAAGACCUUUCUCCUCUUCAUAGACAACUACUAUGA